AUGAAGGCUGGACAUCUUCAUAGAUUGUUUGGGCGGCAUUCUUGUACUGUGGCUGCUCUUGUUCUUACCACUAUUUUUCUUUGGGCUGGCGAGAAAAACCCAAUUUUCAUCAGUCUCUUAUCAUCUGAAGAUCGGUUAAGGAUGUAUACCCUAGAUCUUUCUGUAGCUGAUUUUGAUUCCCCGGUGUUGUUGGAUUCCAAGGAAACAGAGGAAUAUUCACAUUUACGCGCAAUGGAAGAUACAGAAGAGGAUGCAUCUAGAAAACAUUCUGAUAUUGCAGUGAAGGACAUUCCUGUCCUACCUUCUCCUGAAAGAGUAGAUGAAAGUACAAUUUUAGGUUCCUUUGUUAAUAAGCAAGGUUGUAAUUAUGCUAAAGGCAGAUGGGUUGCAGACAGCCGGAGACCAUUGUAUUCCGGAUUUGGAUGUAAGCAGUGGCUAUCUGAUAUGUGGGCAUGUAGACUAACCCAGCGAACUGAUUUUUCUUAUGAAGGUUAUCGUUGGCAACCAGACAAUUGUGAGAUGAGAGAUUUCGAGGGUUCCAACUUCUUGAAAAGAAUGCAGGACAAGACUAUUGCGUUUAUAGGAGAUUCACUGGGCAGACAGCAAUUCCAAUCUCUCCUGUGCAUGGUCAGUGGUGGCGUGGAAAAACCAGAUGUUGAAGAUGUUGGAUGGAAAUAUGGCCUUGUUAAACCACGAGGCGCUGUUCGUCCGGAUGGAUGGGCUUAUCGGUUUCCAGACACAAAUACUACAAUUCUAUACUACUGGUCAGCAAGUCUUUGUGGAAUACAGCCAAUCAAUAUCACAGAUCCAGCCACUGAAUUUGCCAUGCAUUUGGAUCAGCCACCAGCUUUUUUGAGACAAUUUCUUGCUCAGUUCCAUGUCGUGAUUCUUAAUACGGGUCAUCAUUGGAAUCGGGGGAAGCUCAGAGCGAACCGCUGGGUUAUGCAUGCAAACGGAAAUCCUGUAACUGACAGGAAGCUAGCAGAAAUCGGCAAUGCUAAGAACUAUACGAUCUAUAGUAUUGCCAGAUGGCUCGAUUCACAAAUUCCAUUACAUCCAGGGCUAGAAGUUUUUUUCCGAACAAUUUCACCCCGUCAUUUUUUGAAUGGAGAUUGGAACACGGGAGGUAGCUGUGACAAUACCAUUCCACUGUCUAGGGGUAGUGAAGUCUUGCAAGACGAAUCAAGUGAUCUUGUUAUUGAUGGUGCUAUCAGGGGCACAAAGGUAAAGAUUUUGGAUAUAACUGCUAUUUCUGAACUGAGGGAUGAAGGGCAUAUAUCUCGGUACAGCAUAAAAGCAUCAGAUGGUAUAAAUGAUUGCUUGCAUUGGUGCCUUCCUGGUAUUCCUGAUACAUGGAACGAGCUGCUUUAUUCACAACUAUAA